AUGUUCCCAGCUACUUGGCUCUGGGAUCUCGAGAGAAUCUUUGAAGUACUACCGUGUAAUGAUCUCGAGAAGAUCCAAUGUGCUACUUUUCAACUCCGAGGUGACACUGAUGUAUGGUGGCAUUCCUUGAAGGAUUACUUCUGGGCAAAAUAUCCCAAUGCUACUUGGGCCCAAUUUAAGGAAGCUUUUCUUGAGAACUACUUUCCAAGAAAUUUUUGGGAAAAGAAGGAAAUUGAAUUCGUGAACAUCAGUCAAGGAUCCAAAUUGGUCCUUGAAUACCAACAACUCUUUGAGGAGUAUUUCUACUUUGCUCCGAUCCAUUUGAAGACUAAGGACGUGAAGGUAAGAAGAUUUGAAAGGGGACUUAGAGCCAGUCUGAGUACUGCAGUGGUGUUGCACAAGUACCCCACCUAUGUUGAGGUGGUUGAAGCUGCUAAGCUGAUAAAGGAUCAGCAAAGGGAGAAUUAUCAGGCUAUCCAGGCAGGCAAGAGACCGAUAUCGUCUCAUGACUCUAGGGGACCUAUCAAGUUCCAAAGAAGAGGGUCUUAUACCAAUGCAGCCCCAAUUCAAUUCUGUAGGCCUGAUUCAGCUCAAGUGCCUAAAUCUGUACCUGCUUCUCAUUAUGGGGUACAGACUCUUAUAUGUUACAACUGCAAGGAGUUUGGUCAUAUGGCCAAAGAUUGUCCACAAUCACGACAAUCGGGUUCAUGGCCAGUUGUGACCUCCAAACCACCCCUGGCAAGGAUUGCUGUUCACCCACCUGCUCCUUCUCCAGUGAGCAAGACUCAGGGGUGA